CAUUUGCAAACAAUGUCCAAAGGCACAAAAUUCUUUGUUAAACCGAAAGUUCGUUUCUGUCAAAAUGACAACAGCGAAUUAACAAAAGCACCAGAAGAUACGAACAUCUCGAAAGAUGUUAAACAAAUGAUUAAACCGAAGAUUCUAAGUAAUGUAAAAUUCGACAAAGAUAUUCGAUUGAUCAAAUUAAAUGAAUCACCUACUAAUAGAGCGAGCAACGAUUCGAAAAUGAUUAAUAACGCAAUGAAAACAAAUUCAUCAGCUGUUUCCUCAAAAAUGAUUCGAACUUCACAAUCCCUGAAUAAAGAUUGUAUUGAAAUAGAGAGUCAUACACCCUUGAACGAUGCUAAUAAUAUUCAAAAUAUUAAAGCGAAUUGUAAAAAUAUCUAUACGCCCAAAGCUGAUUCCUCCAUCAGUGAUACAGAUAUCUCUUUGGUCGAACAAAACAGAAAGAUAAAGAAGUCAAUUAGACCAGCAAUAGAUAAUAGUAAUCUUCCAAGAACAGAUAGUACAAAAGAUGAAGAGAGUAAAGAAAAUAAAACAGGAGCAAUUAAGAAAAGCAUUAAAGGGUCAACUAAAAGAUCCUCAGACUCAGAAAUUUUGAAACACAAAGCUCGACUGUCUUCUGUUAAUACUACUAAAAAGAAUUCAAAUCUCAGUAAUAAAACACCUGUCUCAGUUAAAACCAAAAAGCAUACAAUAUCUAAAUCUAAGGUUGUCGAUGUUAUGCCUUGUUACAAAUACAGUAAAAGUCCAAAGAAAGUAAAAACUCCAGCUGUUAAGAAGACUGUUAUAAGAAAUAUUAUUGGUCCUAAGAUACAGGCUUAUAUUGGUCCAGGGGUAGUACACAAAAAGGAGAGUGAUAUAAAAUUUUCUGAGACCGCCGAAAACGUUAAUGUAAAACCAAUUAUAUCUGGGGACAAAUUGGCAAGACCUGAAUAUAAUUCAAUUAUGUGUACAAUCAAUAAAUUAAACGAAGUUAAAAAGCAAAGAAUUGUACCUGACGUUGAUCACUUACUACCUGUGUAUAAAAAUCUUAUAAACGAAAAGGUUUCCAGUGCCUUAGACUUUCCACUUGACGAGGCCGUCUAUAAGAAUCUGGUGGAUCUAAGUAUAGAUGAAAAUCAAUUACCAAGUAGAUUAACUCGUAGCAAGGAUCCUGAGCCAAGGCAAAGGGACAUUGUACCGAUGUUGUCUGACUUUUUUACACCGGUACCUACCGAAGAGUACCGCACCGCCGUGUUUGCGAAACCACGGAUCACGGAAACCGCGAAUAAUUGGAAUGCCUUUAGAAUAAGUGAUCAAAUAUCUGAAUGGAAGCACAUACUAGAACAUACAUAGCUGCACGAUAUUGUACCUUUUAGGCGUAAGUAAUAUUUAUUAAUUGUUUGGGAAACAUUUACUCCUCGUAAAAUGUAAAGACCUUUUUAAUACUCAUUGGAUAAAUAGAUAUUUUGUGAAAUAAACACGAUAUAUAAAUAAAUAUAUACAAUCAAUGUAUGUUUAAUUUUUCGUUACCGUGAAUA